AUGGCCACUUCAUCAGAGGUGCCGCCAGGCCGGACCGCUCUUAUUUUGUAUGGAUCAGAGACUGGCAAUGCUCAGGAUGUCGCGGAGGAACUUGGACGUCUGACAGAACGGCUUCGCUUUGCUACUCAAGUUUCUAAUCUCAAUUCUGUCCAGCUUAAUCAGUUGCUCCACCACUCUGUUGUGAUCAUUGCUAUUUCCACGACUGGCCAAGGGGACCUCCCUGCGAAUGCUCAGACGUUCUGGAGGGCGCUCAGAAGCGUGCGGUUACGUCCUGGAUGCUUGCAGCCAGUCCGGUUUACUACAUUCGGCCUGGGAGAUACGUCGUACCCAAAAUUCAACUGGGCGAGCCGGAAGCUGUAUAAUCGACUUGUGCAACUAGGCGCACAGCCGAUCCAUGACCGAGGCGAAGCAGACGAGCAACAUCCUGAAGGGGUCGAUGGAAGCUUCCUGCCCUGGUCUCUCGAUCUGAGGCAGACCCUCUUGGACCACUAUCCACUGCCCCACGGAGUCGAGCCAAUACCGGAUGAUGUCCUCCUGCAGCCGAAAUGGAUCCUCGACUUUGCUGACCAGGAGUGCGUUGAGGCUUCACCGGACAAGGACUUACCUCCGGAAGACCUUCUGCCUAUACCAGGAUUCCUAACCGCGACAAUACUCGAUAACAGGCGUCUGACAUCGCCCACCCACUGGCAAGACGUCCGGCAUUUGACCCUCUCUACGCCGACACCAACACCCUACGCACCGGGCGACGUCCUGACCAUCUACCCCAAGAACUUCCCCUCCGACGUCUCCGAGUUUCUCUCCACCCAGAACUGGACCUCCAUCGCCGACCGCCCCCUAACCUUCAAGCCUACCUUCCCCUCCACCCACGCCUCCAACCUCAGCACCUACCCCCCAGCACCCCUCUCCCACCUCUUUCUCCCACCCGGCACUCUCACCCUCCGGACCUUAUUCCAAAACUACCUUGACAUCAUGUCUAUCCCGCGGCGCUCCUUUUUUGCCCUCCUCGCGCACUUCACCACCGACGCCGACCAGCGAGAUCGCCUGGUUGAGUUCACAGACCCAGCGCUUGUUGACGAGCUCUACGACUAUACGACGCGGCCUCGCCGCUCUAUCCUCGAGGUCCUGCAGGAGUUCGACACCGUAAAGCUGCCCUGGCAGUGGGCUUGCGCUAUCCUGCCUGCGCUGAGGGGACGGCAGUUUUCUAUUGCGUCGGGCGGGCGGCUCAAAGCCGGAUUGCAAAGCAGCGGUGGGGGCACGCGCAUCGAGCUCCUCGUUGCAAUAGUAAAGUACCGCACAGUGAUCAAGCGCCUCCGCCAGGGCGUCUGCACGCGCUACAUCGCUUCGCUGUGGCCUGGUCAGCGCAUUAACGUUACUUUGCAGCGCGGCGGGCUUAAUACCUCAAGGGCAGAGGCCAAGAGGCCGGUCGUUAUGGUUGGCCCAGGGACGGGCGUUGCGCCAAUGCGGAGUUUGAUCUAUGAGAGGAUGACUUGGCAGGAGGAGGAUGAUGAAAGGAAAGGACGGAGUGGCGGCGGCCAAGGGGAGGGAGGCGGGGAUGUACUGUUCUUUGGAUGUAGGAACGAGAAGGCGGAUUUCCUCUUUAGAGAUGAGUGGGAGAGGCUGAGAGAGGAGGCAGGGCUCGACUUUUUUGCUGCGUUUUCGAGGGAUCAGAGACAGAAGGUAUAUGUUCAAGAUCUCGUCCGGCAGCAGUCACGCCUUGUGUACGAUGCACUCACGACCCGCAACGGACUUGUCUACAUCUGCGGUUCGUCGGGUAAGAUGCCGCAGGCGGUGCGUGAGGCGCUGAUCGAGGUAUUUCAGAAAGAGGGCGCACUGGAAAGGGAGGAUGCAGAAAGGUAUUUGCUGAGUAUGGAGAAGGCAGGCAGAUACAAGCAAGAGACGUGGUAG